UCCCUCUGUCGGCGGGCAGCGGGGCGCUCCCGUGCGGCCUGUCUGUCGCUAAGUAACGGGGAGAACAACAGUGAUCCGGGAAGCUGAACACACAGUCCGGGUCUUUAUCCCGCCGGAGAAAAAGCUUCAUUUCUGUUACUCAGCUCUUAUUCAGCUCAUUUCUACCGGAGAGAGAGGAGAACAUGGCCAGCGCGGUGCUGUCUGAAAUAGCCUGGGACGACGGGUUCGCUAUUCCCGUGGCUAAUGCGAGAAAUAAAGCCCUGGAGGAGGAGCUUCAAAGAAAACUGAAGAAGAAGGCGAACAUUGAAAAUGAACUAAGUCAGCAUGAGGACAGAAUAUCUGCCAUGACUGAACACAUGAAGGACGUCAAACAGGAGCUCUCUCACACUCAGGCGCUCUGUAUGGCCAGAGAAAAAGAGGAGAAGUCUGAGAUGCAUUUUAAAGCCCUGGCGGAAAGGGAGAUGGGACGCCUGCGGCAGGAGCUCGCUCAGCUGGAGAAUGAACUGGGAUCACUGCGAGAGAGGAAGAACACACGGGAGAACAACAUCUUCAAGGCGACGCGUAGGAUAGAAGAGCUGAAGAGUCAGCUGAACUGGGAUCAGCAGGCUCUGGACACCUGGCUGGAGGAAUCGGCACGCAAAGAUGAAGACACCAUGGCCAUCAUCAAAUACGCGCAUCAGGAUGAGAGCAGAAUCCGAGAACUGACUCUGAGCAUCGAGAGACUAACCCAGGAGGCCAACCAGAAGAGAAAAACCUUAGACAACCAGCUAACAGAGACCAUCAUGACACAGGUCGCUGUGGAUAAGACGACAGAGAUAUUCCGACAGGCUAAUCUGGAGCGACAGGAGCUGAUCCACCAGUGGGAGAACACCAUCGAGCAGAUGAGGAAGAGAGACCAGGAGAUGCAGCAGUGUGCUUUGAUGCUGGCAGAAUCGAACCAUGAGAUCCGUGAACGGGAAGCACUGAUAAAGGAAAAAAAGAACUUCCUGUCCGGCGAGGUGGAGAAUAACAAGGAGUGUGAGAGGGAGAUCACAAUCGCCGAGCGACAAUUCAUCAGGCUUCAGCAGCAGCUUCAGGAGCAGGAGAGCAGCCGGAUGCGUGUGAAGGAUGAGCUGGAGACUCUAAAGGGCACAGUGGACCGUGCCGCUACAGAGGUGGAAUCUAUGAGGUCUAAGUUAACCAGCGUGAAGAAGGACAUCAGCAACAAAACUACCAAGCUGGAGGAGGCCUGGCUCCAGAACGCUGCUCUAGAGGAGAAGCUUCAGUUGGCGACAGAGGCGGCGCUCAGUGUGGAAGAGAGAGCAGAACAGAUGGAGCAGAUACUCUCAGACCAGGAGCUGCACCUCAAAGAGAUUGAUGCCCAGCUUAAACGGCAACGUGAGCUCCUGUUCAGGAAGAGUCAGGAACUGCAGACUCUGAGGGCAAAAGAGAAGAAUGCCACGGCUGAACUCUCCGGCAGCCGGAUGGCGCUCUCGAGCCUGGACAACCGCCUCAAUAAACUGGACCAGAGCACCCUCCAGCAAGAGGGGAUCAUGUACACUCAGGACUUCCAGAUUCAGCUGCUGGAGAGGAAGAUGGCUCACCUGCGCGGCGAGGUGAACACAGAGGAAAGGCAGGCUCUGGAGAAGCGAAUCUCUGAACUGUCCAGUGCUCUGGAGGAGAAGAAGGAGACAGCGGCCAUGCUCGCCACUCAGUUGAAGAAGCUGCAGGAUGACAUCCGCUGCGUGAGCAAAGAGACAGAGAAGACUGGAGCAGAAAAGAGAGACCUGACCACCAAGAUUGAGGAGCUGACACGUUUCAGUGACACCAUGGAGAAAGAGCUGAAGAAACUUCACCUCCAGAAGCAGGACAACAUGAUAGACAAUAACAUCCUGAGGAUGGUGGUGAAGCGGCUGAGGGAUCAUCUGUACAGCGGGGCCGAUGGAAUGUUCUCUCUGGAGAAGAGGCAGCUGCAGCUACAGACGGCCAUGAAGGAGCGGCAGGAGGAAAUCCGCCUGCACAGAGAAAUGCUCACCAAGCAGCUGAAGAUCACUGAUCAGGAAAGACAAGGACUCAGUGCUGAGGUUCAUGAACGACUGUCUAAAAUCGACAAGAUAAAGAAGAGGUAUGAGAUCCUGAUCACUGCUAUGGCUCCUCCAGAAGGAGAAGAAGAUAAAUCUCAGGCCUACUACAUCAUAAAGGCAGCUCAGGAGAGAGAGGAGCUUCAGAGAAAGGGGGAUGAGCUGGAUGCUCAGAUUCGGAAGAGUGAGAAAGAGAUCACGGCCAUGGAGAACACCUUCCAUGUUAUCAAUAACCGGAACGCCACGUAUCGAAAAUCCUCAAACAAGGUCACGGAGUCCAGUCCAGAGUAUCAGGAGAAAAUGAAGUUAGAUGAACAGAAACGAGCAGCAGAGGAGAAAUAUAAACACAAAAGGCGGCAAAUCAGAGAACUACAGGAGGACAUUCAGGGCAUGAGCAGCUCACUGAACAGCCUUCUUCAGGAGGAAUCUGCAGAGAAGAGAAGCAGCGAUGACGUUGAAGCACGCAUUCAGCUUCUGAACAAAGAACUUCAUUCCCAGCAAGCGAAACUGGACAGAGUGACCAAACAGUGUUCCAAACUCACAAAGGAAAUCCGCUCAGCGAAGAAGACCAAAGAGCAGACCUUCGAGGAGCGUGACAUUGACCUAAAAGAACUGAAAGAUCUAAACAGGACUGUGAAUAAGAUGCUUCUGGAGGUCAUGGAGGAGCAUCCUGAUCUCCAGGCCAUGUUACAGAUGUACUUCAUACAGGCCAGUCUGCCCCUCCCAUCUCCUGCUUCCACUCCAUCUAGUCGGAGUUCAAAAUUAAGCUCAGCCCGAAGCUCUAUUUCCCUGAGAUCUCCAGGUUCAUCAGUUGGCAGCAGCCCCAGAGGCUCAGCAGUUCAGUCUCCUGCUAAACAGACACUGGAACUGGGACUGGGACUGUCCGUGUCCUCCCCUCUGGUGGCCGGCACCUCUUCCAGAGCUUCCCGCAGUGGCAGCGCCAGUGGCAGCAGCAGUGGCAGGAGCAGCCAGCUUAAGAGUCCAUAACUAAUUUCUCCCUUUACCACAAUAAUACUGAUUUUAUUCAUAUAAAUCUCA